AUGGAGAAGGCGAUGCCAGUAGAUGGUGGAGAUAGUAGCGGCAUUGUAAUAACGUGGGUUGAUGUUGUUAUUAUAAUUCUUAUGCUGCUCUUAAUUAUCAUCCUUAUCCUCAUCGCCUGUAAACUCAAACCAUGGCGCCGCUUCCUCCCCUCCUACACAUCUGCCGCCACCAGAUUCCGCCACCCCUCUUCGAUCAAGGUUGAUGACAUAGAGAGGCCUCUUGUUUCGGAAGAUUAUGACGUAGUUGAAAGCCAGAUCUGUGAGUCCACUAGUUACUCCAUUGAGGGGGGUGGUCGUCGAACUCAGGCGGGAUUCAUUCCACCCCAUUCUAACAGAGUAACACAAAGGCUCCAGUCGACGUCUCCCCAGCUGACACAUAGUGAUAGCUUUGUUCUUGACAUUCCAAAUACAUCGGAGGAUUCUUUUGUUGGUCAGACGCUUAAGCUUCCACUUGCACCAAGUAAGUUAGCCGAAGAGGGGAUACGUGAGAAGGAAGGUGUAAAGUAUAGCCCAAAUCAUGUAGAUGAGGACAUUUCUAGAGAGUUCAUUCCAAAAUAUACUGCAAAUCAGAGAAGCAUUCUCAUCCUGGAGGUAAUCUCAGGACCUUCUCGUGGUCUUCAUUAUUCCAUACAAUCAACGAAUACAUCCAGGCUUCCAGUGACUGUUGGAAGAGUUUCACCUGCUGACAUAUUGUUGAAGGACGCAGAGGUCUCAGGCAAGCACGCAACGAUAAAUUGGAAUGUAAACAAGUUGAACUGGGAACUGGUUGACAUGGGUAGCUUGAAUGGUACACUCUUGAAUUCCCAGGCAGUACACCAUCCUCAAUCGGGAAGCAGACAUUGGGGCAAUCCAGUCGAGCUCUCAAGUGGAGAUAUAAUAACUUUUGGCACAACUUCAAAGAUUCUUGUCCAGAUAACUGCUCAAACGGAGGACCAGAUCCCUUUUGGGAUUGGUAUAGCAUCAGAUCCCAUGGCAAUGCGCCGGGGAGGAAAAAAGUUGGCCAUGGAAGAUGUCUACUAUUACCAGUGGCCUCUCCCUGGAACCAAUCAGUUUGGAUUGUUUGGCAUAUGCGAUGGACAUGGUGGAGCAGAUGCAGCCACAUCAGUUAGCAAAAUAAUGCCGGAAGUGAUCACUAGCAUCCUGUCGGAUUCAUUCAGGAGAGAGAAGGUUUUAUCUCAGUGUGACGCUUCUGACGUCCUUAGGGAAGCAUUUUCUCAAACAGAAGCAAGCAUUAAUCACUACUAUGAGGGUUGUACUGCAACAGUGCUUCUGGUAUGGGCUGAUGGUCAUGAAAAUCUUUUUGUGCAAUGUGCAAAUGUUGGAGACUCAGCUUGUGUUGUAAAUAUUGAAGGGAGGCAGAUAAAGAUGACAGAAGACCAUAGAAUAAUCAGUAGUUCUGAAAGACUUCGUUUUCAAGAGUUGGGAGAACCUUUGAAAGAUGGGGAAACACGAAUUUGCGGUAUAAACCUUGCCAGGAUGCUUGGAGACAAAUUUUUGAAGCAGCAGGAUGUUCGCUUCAGUUCAGAACCUUAUAUAAGUGAAGUUGUAUCUAUACACCAAGCGAGCAGUGGUUUCGCACUAUUAGCUAGUGAUGGCUUCUGGGAUGUCGUUAAUUUCAAGAAGGCGGUUCAGCUAUCAAACAAUGGAGCGAAAUGA